UCACGGACCCGUCACCCACUCCAUCGAAAACGUGCCUUCUCUCUCUAGCUUUCCUUAAUUUUUUAACAGCCAACAAACGGAACAAAAGAAGGAAUCCAUCCAAUUCCGCCACUGUCUCGGAAGCAUUCUAUCUUUACUUGGAAAGUUACGCUACAGUCUACAUACACACACACAAAUCUCUUUCCAUCCUUCCCUUUCGCUGGAGGGUUUCGUAGAUCGGGAUCAGAAGCACCGAUAGAGUUAGCCGGCAUCGGAGGCGGCGAUGGCACAGUCGCCGGAGAAUAGCUCUUCUUCUUCUUCGACUUCCUGCCAAAGUUCGGUGACGAUCGGGCAGGGAAUUGCCGCUGGAACGAGCACUAAGGGCAAAGAAUUGGAGAAUAGAGAACCGGCUAGUGGUUCAGUGAAUAAUGGAGGCUCGGAUUCUUCAGGAAUCGCGGGCAGGAGUACAUCUAAAUUAAAGACUUCACAGGUUGAAAUGCCAGGUGCUAACAAAUUAGAACCCACUUCUAGUGAGCUUAAGCUGGAAAAAUCUAAAACUGAAAGGCAAAGAUAUCAUAAUAUACUUGCUGAAGAUGCAGCACAGAUUUUGGAUGACAAGAUCUCUGUCCAGCAGAGGCUUAAAUUGUUGAAGAGAAUAGCCACUGUCAAAGAUGAUGGAACUGUAGAAUUUGAAGUUCCAGGAGAUGUUGAACAACGUGCCCUUGGUAUUGGAAGUGAUGACGUAAAUAAUACAGUUGCUGAUGAUGAGCUUGCUGAUGUGACAGAUGAAAAAUAUAUACGCCCAAUGCAAAUAGUAAUGCUUAUUGUUGGAACCCGUGGAGAUGUGCAGCCAUUUAUAGCAAUUGGCAAAUGCCUGCAGGAUUAUGGCCAUCGUGUUAGACUAGCAACUCAUUCAAAUUUCAAAGAGUUUGUCUUGACUGCUGGGUUGGAGUUUUACCCUUUAGGUGGAGAUCCAAAGGUUCUUGCUGGCUACAUGGUUAAAAAUAAAGGCUUCUUGCCAUCGGGGCCCUCAGAGAUACCCAUUCAACGAAAUCAAAUAAAGGAAAUUAUAUACUCCUUGCUUCCAGCUUGUAGGGACGCUGAUCUUGAUACUGGUGUUCCUUUCAGGGCAGAUGCAAUAAUAGCCAAUCCUCCUGCAUAUGGGCACGUUCAUGUGGCAGAAGCACUAAAAAUUCCGCUUCAUAUAUUUUUCACUAUGCCAUGGACGCCAACUAGUGAAUUUCCACAUCCUUUGUCCCGUGUAAAGCAGUCAGCUGGAUAUCGACUUUCAUAUCAAAUAGUUGACUCAUUGAUUUGGCUUGGAAUACGGGACAUGAUAAAUGAUGUUAGGAAAAAAAAGCUAAAGCUACGACCUGUAACAUAUCUUAGUGGUUCACAAGGCUCUGAUUCUGAUGUGCCACAUGGAUACAUAUGGAGUCCUCACCUUGUUCCAAAACCAAAAGAUUGGGGGUCAAAAGUUGAUGUUGUGGGAUUUUGCUUUCUUGAUCUAGCGUCAAAUUAUGAACCUCCUGAGUCACUUGUGAAAUGGCUUGAAGCUGGCCCAAAACCUAUUUACAUUGGGUUUGGGAGCCUCCCUGUUCAAGAACCAGAAAAAAUGACCCAAAUAAUUGUGGAUGCAUUGGAACAAACUGGCCAGCGGGGAAUCAUUAACAAAGGCUGGGGUGGCCUGGGUAAUUUGGCAGAACCAAAGGACUCCAUAUACUUACUGGAUAACUGUCCUCAUGACUGGCUGUUCUUACAAUGCAAGGCAGUGGUUCAUCAUGGAGGUGCUGGAACAACAGCUGCUGGUCUUAAAGCUGCAUGCCCCACAACCAUUGUGCCUUUCUUUGGUGACCAACCAUUCUGGGGUGAGCGAGUACAUGCCAGAGGAGUAGGUCCUCCACCCAUACCAGUUGACGAGUUCUCACUCCCUAAGUUGGUUGAUGCUAUAAAUUUCAUGCUAGAUCCCAAGGUAACAUUUGAUUUUCUGAAAUACUGGAUUUAUUAUCCAUGUUUAUACUUGCUAUGUCGAGCAGACAAAGAAAUGUCUUUUAUUUACACGGGAAGUGCUUACCCCUCACCCUUGGUGUCUUUUCCUUACUCUUUCCUCCUCCUCUUUCCAUUGGAUCAAGGGAGGUGGAGGUGUGUUAUGGUAGAGCCAUAACCUAUGGAAACAGGGAAAGAGAAGAAGGAGGAGAAGAAGAAAAGGGAAGAGUGGAGAUAGAAGAAGAGAGAAAGAAAUAGAGUAGGAAGAAGAAUUCUGUCAUUCUAUUUCAAUUGAUGAUUGUACAUGUUCAGUAUCAAUGCAUUUAUACGCCUUAUGUGCCACUCAUUCUCUGUUACAACCAAUUCAGCUAGCAGCGCAUCAUAUGUUUCUACUUCACAACAUUACCCUCCCCAUCAAGCUCAUUCUUGUCCUCAAGAAUGGAUGAAAGAAAGAUCAUUCCAGCAGCAUCUUGAAUGUGAAGGUCCUAUCUGCCCUUGAAAUGGCUGAAAUUGCACUUGACCAUUUUAUUCAAUUAGUUAGGCAUUUUUGCAAACACCUACUGUGCAUCUUCCCUCCUUAUUUGAUAAUAUCGUUUUCAUCCUGUUUCUUCUCCACUUCUCAUACUCAUUUUCUUUCAAGAGUAUAACCUCAGAGGAUCCCAACUCAAAAUCAUAGCCCUUCAAAUCAAACUCAAAAUAAUCAGCAUAGUACAUGUAUGUUCUUUUUCCACCAAUUCUUUCUUUGUCCUUUCCAAAAUUUUUGCCAAAGAGAGCAAACCCAAUGAUAUCACAUGUAAUUUCCUGAUUAUGUAUUAACAGGCUAAUCUUACCAUCUUGGUCUGUGGCACUCGAUCCUUGAUCUUUUUCCUCAAGUUUAGAAAUUGCAUUUUCCUCCUUGUAUUUUCUUCAUGAUACCCUUCUUCAAUGCAAAAUUGAGAUUACUGGCAAGGCCUUGAUCACCGAUUCCACAUGAAAUUUGAAAAUUCAGACCAAGUUCACGACCCUGCUUUUCUUCUCUUGAUUUGGAAGAUUCCAAAGGCUUCAAGAUUGGUUGGCACUCUUGUUGAACAUCCUCGUCAACAGAAAGAACAGUUUCCUGGAUCUGAUUAUCAAAUCUUUGUUGACAUCUUGCUUUCUUUUGAUUAAAUUCUCCGUAUAUUUUCUUCCCGAACUGUCUCAAGCAUCUUGCAAUUACCUUCAAAAAUUUUUUGGAUCCCCAUCUUGAAUGAUUGAAAGAGAUGUUGUAAUUUUUUGAGUUGAUUCUCAAGAAUCUUGUAUGUUAUUUCAUCAUCCAUUAUGAAUCCAGAUUAGAGUGUUUGGUAACCAAGAGAUCAGAGAAAAUGGAAUAAGAUUGAGAAGAAAGAGGGAGAGAUUCAGAGAGAAGAGGGUGAGGAAGAGAGAGAAAGAAGGAGGAGAAUUUCCCUUGAUCAAACCUGCUUUGAUACCAAAUUGUUAUGGCAGAGCCAUAACCUAUGGGAACAGGGAAAGGGAAGAAGAAGAAGAAGAAGAAGAAGAAGAAGAAGAGGAGGAGGAAAGAGUGGAGAUAGAAGAAGAGAGAAAGAAAUAGAGUAGGAAGAAAAUCCUGUCAUUCUAUUUCAAUUGAUGAUUUUACAUGUUCAGUAUCAAUGUAUUUAUAUAUCUUAUGUGCCACUCAUUCUCUGUUACAACCAAUUCAACUAACAGCUCAUCAUAUGUGUCUACAUCACAAGAAGGUGGAAGUGGGAGUAUGAAUCCAUUGACCUACAAUGCAAAUUAAGCAUUUGACUUUCGGGCUACUGGCUCAGUGGCAAUUGAAAGUCAUUUCUCAGUUUGAUAAACCAGAUUAACUUCUUGAGAAUGCUUGCUAGAGUUUGAAAAGCAGGUGUCUUUGAGUAGAUCACUGUUUCUUUUGAAAAAUGAAAAUAAGUUUAGACUGCUCUUCUUUGUGGUGUUCGCUCGUUUACAGCUUUCACUUCACCCCACAACAUAGAUCAUGGUAUAAUGCUAAAUGAUCUUGAACUUGGAAAAUCUUCUAGGAGGCAGGAACUUUUGAUGCCUGCUGGCAACAGAGGAUAAAGGAUUUGAAGCUAAUAAGUUGGAGGAAGAAAUUAGUUCUUAAAACAAAAAAAAAGAAUUUUCAUUUUAAGGAUAACAGACGACCACCAAGUAUUUAAAGAAAAAAAAUUGCUUGCAGCAUCAAGUCUUUGCUCACUGUAUAAGAGGAAUAAUUUGUGAACCAAGAUAAUUAGAAUUUAGAUAGAAUGAUUAAUUUGUUAAUGAAUUCAAACAUCAAGGAUUAAAUCAUUCGAUUUUCUAAUUGUAGGGAUGAACCUAGGUAUUUGUAUUUAGGGACGUUUUUGUGAAAUACUCGAACUCUAUUGUAAUUGUGGAUUCUAGGGGAAGGAAAUUACCUGAUUUUUAUGAUGCCAGGUAAAGGAGCGUGCGGUUGAGCUUGCCAAGGCGAUGGAGAAUGAGGAUGGGGUAACUGGAGCAGUGAAAGCAUUCUUUAAGCAUCUUCCUCCGAUAAAGCCAGAACCAGAGCCAUCACCAGAACCAUCUAGUUUUUUCUCUUUAUUCAAAUGUUUUGGUUGUGCCUGAAUCUCUGCCGGAUGUCUUUUUGUUCGUGUAUUAUUCCUCAGUUAAGCAUCAGCAGCAUAGCAUGAUAUGAUUCCUCGGCAUUGGUGUGUCUGCUAACCAUGAUACUGUUGCUCAUUUUCCGAUUGUGUUAAUUGAAUCUCCAUACAAAGUUCACAAAUUGUAAUUAUCCCCAUUCAUUGAAGUCCAUAUAUAUUCUGUGCAAUAGAUGAGCCAGAGCUACGUUUUAGGAUCA